AUGUGUGAUAUAUCACACGAGCAUCUGGCUCAUGACGUUGUCCCUGUGGCUGAGGCUGCUGAAGAGUACAAGGAACAAAUAGAACAAGAGAGACAAUUGGUUAUAACUGAAUUUAAUUCAAUACGCCAAUUUUUGGAAGAACAAGAGAACUUUCUGCUGCUUAAAGUUAUGGAAACCUUAGAGAAGGGAAUGUUCUGGAAAAAGACUAAACAUGCAGCCAUCUUCUUCCGGGAAGUCUCAACUUUUGAUGAUCUUAUCCAGGGACUCAAGGAGAAGUGCCAACAAUCAGCAGUUGAGCUUCUGCAGGAUGUGGAAAGCACUCUUAAGAGGUGCAAGAAUACACUUAUGAAUCCAGUAACGCUUCCUCCCUGGAUGAAAUUGGGAGUCUGGGAUUUAUUUGACUUCAAUGCCUUUCUAGGAACUACCAUGAAACAAUUCAAAGAUACCCUGGCAUCUGGAUAUCAGAUUCAGAAAGCAAAUGUGACUCUGGAUCCUGACACAGCUCAUCCCAAGCUCAUUCUCUCAGAAGAUCUCAAAAGCGUCUGGAUGGGAAGAAGUAGUCAAAACCUCAUCAAGGACGACAAGAGAUUCGACCACAUGAUGUGUGUGUUGGGACGCGAGAUGUUCCUCGGUGGCAGGCAUUAUUGGGAUGUUGUUGUGGAAAAUGAGGGCGACUGGGGUGUUGGAGUUGCCAGAAUUUCAAUGAAGAGAAAGGGUGUCGAGAACUUUAUUAAUAUGAAAGGGUUCUGGGCACUGACAAAGUGGGGGCACUUGUGCGUAUACAUGAACCCCCCAGUUUUCUCUCCUGAGCAAAUAAACUGGGAGAUCAAGAGGAUUCGAGUCUCUUUGAACUAUCCUGGACGCCGGGUGACGUUUUGUGAUGCUGAGAGAGGAAACUUGCUCCAUGCCUUUGCAGGAACUUCUUUUUCUGGAGAACCCAUUUGCCCUUUCUUUUGGCUUCAGAGGAAAACCCGUCUCUCAAUUUGUCCCUAA